AGUAAAACUCCGUCGCCCGUCACGUAGUCACGUUGGUACCUCCGUCAGUGCUAAUGUCCGCUGGAGUCACGAGUGUGCGCCUGUGAAUUGCAUUCUAAGCAAAUUGUUAAAUAAAAUUACGGAUUAGUUUCGUGCCGGUUUUAAUAACAGCUCAAAAUAUGGCAAUGAUAUCAGCCGUCAACGACUUUUUAGACGAUCUGCGAGGGGGCAGGAUGACAGACGCACCGGUAGUGACCGUGGAACAAGGUCAGCUGCAAGGCAAAGUGGUGAACAGCCCCACUGGGAAGGCGUACUACAGCUUCCAAGGGAUCCCUUAUGCUAAACCCCCUCUAGGAUCCUUGAGAUUCAAGGCACCGCAACCCCCAGAGCCAUGGGACGGCAUCCGCGAAGCGACUUCCGAAGGGAGCGUAAGUGCACAAGUAGACUUCUUGGGAUCCAAACAGUUCACCGGUGACGAGAACUGUCUCUUCCUUAACAUUUCCACCCCCAACCUAGACGGAGAAUUCCUCCCAGUAAUGGUAUUCAUCCACGGAGGGGGUUUCACGUUCGGAUCAGGCAAUUCCGACUUCUACGGAGCUGAUUAUUUAGUAGAAAAAGAUGUAAUUGUAGUUACAAUAAACUACAGGUGCGGUGUCCUUGGUUUCCUGAGUCUGAACACUCCUGAAGUGCCUGGUAAUGCUGGCCUUAAAGAUAUGGUCCAAGCCAUCAGGUGGAUUAAGAAUAAUAUUCACAAUUUUGGAGGUAACAGCGGGAAUGUGACCAUUUUUGGAGAAAGUGCUGGCGGAGCGGCAGUUUCUCUGCUAACAGCUAGUCCUUUAACUAAAAACUUGAUCAGCAAGGCUAUUAUACAGUCUGGAACUGCACUAUCAAACUGGUCCAUACAGAGGAAUCCCCUAGAAUCGGCUAGAAACAUCGCGAAAAUCUUAGGAUGCGAGUCGACUGAUCCCGAAGAGAUUUUGGACUUCUUAAACGCUACAUCAACGAAAGACCUAGUCGAGGCCCAUCAGAAACUAAGUCCUGAAGAAGAAUUCCCGGACACAAUAAAUGCUUUUGGUUACGUUGUUGAAAAGGAGUUCCCGGGAGUCGAGGCUGUUAUAACAGAAUCAUUCUUAGACCUGUUAACAUCUGGAAGGGUCGCAGACAUCCCAAUUAUGAUCGGUUCAACAUCUUUAGAGUUUACUUUAGAGAGGAAAACAGAUGAUUUGCAAGUCUUCAUCCCAGACGAGUUAAAUAUCGAGAGGAACUCAGAGGAAUCGCUGGCGAUCGCCGAACAAAUUAAGACUUUAUACUUUAAGGGUAGUCAUACUGGGGUAGAAAGUUUACCAGAGUAUUUCGAGCUUCUCUCAGAUGCAAUCAUCAAUAUAGACACUCACAGACAUGUCCAAUACUUGAUUAAUGUAUCAAAGAAACCUGUUUACUACUACAAGUUUGAUUACGUAGGGGAGCUGAACAUUUCCAACAAGAUUUUGAAUAGCUUUGGCCUGAAAAGGGCAAUGCAUAUGGAUGAGUUAGGGUAUCUGUUCAAGAAUGACUUGCAGAAGGGCGUGGAACCAACUACAUUGGAUGUUAAGAUGAGGGAAAGGAUGCUCAGGCUUUGGACUAACUUCGCUAAGAGUGGAAAUCCAACACCCGACGAGAACCACUACCUAACCGUCACCUGGUUGCCAGUAACCAAGGACAACCUUUACUACUUGAACUUGGGCCAAGAGCUAUCUUUGGCCACCAACCCGGACAAAGAAAAGAUGGAAUUCUGGGAUGAACUUUACAGCAAAUACUACCGCAUUUGGGAACAACCCAGAUCAAAUGUUGUAGAAACGGCUGUCAUAUAUUCUGAACCCAAAAUCGUUGAGUCGAUCUCAGAAAGCGGUACUGUAUACACUUACUCCGAAACGACUGAAUCCCAUCACACCUUCAUAUCAGAAAGCCACGAGAUUAUAACCGAGAACAACCAAAUAAUUUCGGAAACACACGAAAUCAUAACGGGUAAUGACGACUCCGUUCCCCAAAUACAGGAAGUAGUUACGGAAAACAACGAAGUCGUAACGGAGAAUAAUGAAGUCGUAACGGAGAAUAACGAAGUCGUAACGGAGAAUAACGAAGUCGUUCCGGAAAGAAAUGAAGUCGAUAACGUAGUUCAUAUUAAGCCUGCUACACCCGAACCUGUUAAAAUUGAAGAUGUGGAACCCGUUGUAACUGGGGUUGUUCAGAACGGUGACCAGAAGCCUAAACCAAGACUUUCGAAUGAGAUAAAGAUGGUGACUCGUUCUAAUGGAGCUCCUAAGGAUGUAAUAAGGGCCAAUGACCCACCAGAAGAUGAUUUACCUAAAAAUAUUGGCGUCAAUAAGUUUGUCAACUUCUUCGAAUCGCUUGGAGCUAAGAAGUAAGAUAGUCAUUUUCUGAUGCGUUCUUGUUUUUGGAGUGAAUUGUAAAAGAUUUUCAAAACUUAACGAAAGUGGUUUUAUGUGCUGGAUUUCGGUCUUUAAAAAAAACAACAUUCUAGAAUUCAGUUGAGAUUGAAAUACACUAACAUCUUACAUUCCAUUUUUUUGUAGUUGUUUAUAAAAAUUCCAUAGUCUCUAUUAAUUAAGACAUUUAUAAGAUUUUUGGUAGUGCCAAAACGUAUUAUUUUACAUAACAAAUGUAGUAAAAUAAAAUAGCAUUUAUUAAAGACUGAAAAUGAAACAAUAAAAGACAGUUCAGCUUUUUCAAAAUCUAAGGCCAUAACUGACUCAAAAAUGAUUCACUCCAAAAAUUGAAAACAAUCAAUUAGUCUGUAGAUAUUAGUCACUAAAAUAGUUUCUAAUUAACAGUAUUUAUUUACAUUCCAUUCAAAUAUUUUCUUAAGAAUAAAUAUUUCUUUCUGUAACCAUAUUUGAAUGUUCGUAUUUGUAGAAAACUUACCUUUAAAUUAUUGAUUCAUAAUCAUUAUGUAUUUGAAAUUGUUGAUUUAUUUUUUCAUCUAGUAUUUGUAUUAAAAAUUUGAAUAACUAAUGCUUCUAACAUCAAAUGUAAAACCGAUAUUCCACCAGUGUGUAGCACUGUGACGCACACAAAUGUAUCUUCUGGUGUACUUGCUGUAGCAAACAGUAACACAUUGCGUGCGAACAUUUCUGAAAUGUCCACGAAACUGCAACCGCCGUGCGCGAAUACAUGCUAGCUGUGGACUCGCGACAUAGCGUACAUAUUUUUGGUGGAACCCCGUAAUAAGAUUCUAUUAUGUCACCGGAAAAUUAAUCAACCUACUAAAAUACAGGAGUUAAAUAGUACAUACGUUCAACAGCCGUUUAUUAUUUUCCGAGAGUUGAUCAACUAUCUAGAAAAUUGAUCAACUUACGAGUUUUGUUAUUUUCCGGUGACAUAUACAAUUCCUACAGAUGUGACGUAAUAAAGUAAUAAAUCAAAUACACUAUUUACUAUAUAAAAAGUUGAUAAUAUCUUGUCUUCCUAAAGGUUGUAUAAUAUUAUAAAAUAACAUACUCUAUGUAUUUAUUAUUAUAUUGUUAAAAAUCCCAAUCAUUAUUAUCAUACAUACCUAUUUUAAGAGUUAAAAACUUCUUUUUCUACAUGUAUUUUUUUGCAAUAUUUAUAUGCCAUAAUUUUUAUUAAUUUUCAAUCAAUUUAGUCAUUUACAUUUUUGAAGAUAUUUAAGACUUAAUUAUUGAACUAGGACAGUUUUAAUUUUGAGUUUAAAAAUAUCAUAAUGCAACUAUUUUUCACGGUUUUACUUUUUUCCCUUACCGGGAUAAAAUAUGACCUGUGUCACCCUGGGAUAGUGUAGCUUUCCAACAGCGAAAUAAUUUUUGAAUUUGUUCACAAGUUUCGUACCCUAUUCAAUGCAUAAAACCAGCAAAUAUAAUAAUCCUAUAUUUUUUCCUGACCUCGCUCUGGUGGCGUCGGAUUGUCGUCCCAUCGCGCUAUGAGAGUGAAGGAAUAGUGAGUUCACCGCAGUCCAAGCCCCAAGCUAAUGCUUGGGCACUAUAAUAUGUCCUGCGCAGCUGACUGAUCUUAUAUGAGAACAGCCGCCGUGGCCUUGACUCCAUUAGUAUAUAGGCUUAUUUAUAGGGAUCAGACAGAUAGUUAUGAUAUUUUUAAAUUGAAUUGUAAAUAUAAAUUAAAUUGUCUGUUUAUCAUACCUAUAUUUUUGCGGUUCAUAAUGUACUUGGGUAUGUGAAAUUAUUUUUUUAAAUUAAUAACGUUUACCUAUUUACUUGUUUUAGUCAGUUUAUUAGUCGUAUUUUUACUUUUUUGUUUUAUAAUUAAGUCUGCAAUAUCUAUUAAGGAAUUUAAUUCAUAAUGAGUGUAUUGAGCGGAGAAAAAUUGCUCAAAAAUAAAUCAUAAUAUUUGCUAUAAUAAACAAAAAAAUUAAGCUCAAAAAUAUUGUUUUCAAUUCUUUACUUUAUUUUAUUUUGCCUGAAAAACUUUUGGACAUAGUCUGACGUUAAAAAAUGUUUUUGCAAUUUUAUUUAUUUUUGUUUCUUUUUUCGAAAUUAUUUUUAUAUCUAUAGUGUAGAUAUUAUGUGCCAAUAUAAUUGUUAGUGUUCAUAAUUUCCAUUUUAAUUAUAAUGAAUAGAAUUAGAAUUAUAUUUUUGUAUAAUUAUUAUGCGUAAAUAAAAUAUGUUAUAUAAUUAA